CUUACGACCUAGUAGUGGUCUUUUUUUCGACGGAUUGUUCGUUUUUAUUCAGCCUCAGAGCUACUUGGUACGAAGAGGACUGAAAAUCAUCACCUGUACUGUGUGGUCCACAGGAUGUCUUUAUCCAAGAUUCAGAGUCUUAGAAUAGCAACUGUACUGGAGGACUGUUCACAUCAUCUGGACAUACUGGGACAUGUCCUGUCAGGGCAGAUUAGCCAGGAAGAAAGCUCAGUACCUGCACAGGAUAAAUCCAAGCUUUUUAAGCUGGUAAGAGACUGUCAAUUAAUCUCACAACAGAUGUCCAGCCUAUGUGUUGAGCUGCAGGAGAAGCAGAGUUUCAGCUCUUUCCUUCAAGUUGUGAAGGAAAAGGAGCAGAAAAAAAGCAAUAAGGAGAAAAGAAGAGAGAUAGACAUGAAGCUGAAACUGAGAAAAUCAAAUCUGCAGAGACAACAACAGGAGCUGCUUGACAAGAGUAAAGAAUUAGAGAGGUUGUCCAGCUACUGUGCUCAUCUGAGGGACGAGAUUGCCUUUGAGAAGAUGCAGCAAAUAAGUGUGCAGAAGCCAAUGCAGAAAAAGAGCUGUAAGGCUGAGAAUCUGCUGGAGGAUGAACUGGAGCUACUGCAGAAAAAGAUGAAAGAAGAGAGGAGAGUUCAUGAAGAGUCAGAAAAGUUCCUGCAAAAUACGCAGAAGGAGCUUCAACAGGUUCUGCAGAAUUGGCAGCAGUGCACGAAGCAGAUGCUGCAGGAGAAGGAGGAUCAGCUCAACAACACAUCCUGCAAAAGAACACUUAACUUCGACAGAAUAAUGGAGAUGAGGAGGAAGUUGAGGGUGAUGGAGCAGGUGGUAAUGGAGGACAAGGAGGAGCAGGAGCAACUGCGCCAGCAGCAGGCAGAAGCCACAGCUGCUAUCAAGCUGCAGGCCUGGUGGAGAUGCUGCAUGGUCCGCCGAGGCCUCGGCCCUUUUAAAAAAGUAGAGGAGAAGAAGAAAGGCAAGAAGAUGAAAAAGAAAGGAAAGAACAAGAAAUGACAUUUCUCUAACACUCAUCUGACAUCACACUAUUAGAUUAACACCAGUCAAUCAUACAGAAUGAGUUUUUACAUUUCUUUAUUAAAAAGUAAGAAAACAAAUAGAUUACAUGGAGAUCACCAUAUUGAAACA